AUGUUGAUCCCAACGCCAGUGGGUAAGUCGCACUCAUGCAAAGAAGUUGAAGUGGAGCUCACCACCGAUGAGGAAGAUGAUCCCCCUCCGGGAGUCCAUGGAACUCUCUUCUUCAGGUUACUCCAGGUGCAACCGUUCAUGUACAAGGGUGAGGACUUUGAACCAGCAUUCGAAUGUAAGCCCCAAUUGGCCUUCAGAGAUGAAACUGCUCCGAUAGCAGUGGGAUCUACUUUGGCCAUUGCUGUUUUGGCUACCAUUACUGGGUACGGGAUUUUUAGGUACUUCAAGGUCAAAAAUGUCCAAUACAACACAAUGGAAUAG